AUGAACGCCCUUCCCAAGAGAAUCAGCAAGGAGACCGAGCGGCUCGUCAAGGAGCCCGUGCCGGGAAUCUCCGCUGCACCCCACGACGACAACCUGCGGUACUUCGACGUCACUAUCGACGGGCCUACCUCUUCCCCCUACGAGGGCGGUACUUUCAAGCUGGAGCUCUUUCUGCCCGAAGACUACCCCAUGGUGCCCCCCAAGGUGCGAUUUCUGACCAAAAUCUACCACCCCAACAUUGAUCGACUUGGCCGAAUCUGUCUGGACGUGCUCAAGUCCAACUGGUCGCCUGCUUUGCAGAUCCGAACCAUUCUGCUGUCCAUCCAGGCGCUGCUUGGAGCUCCCAAUCCUGACGACCCGCUCGCCAAUGACGUGGCACAAAAGUGGAAGGAGGACGAGAAGACUGCUAUUCAGACUGCCCGGGACUGGACCAAGGAGUACGCCAAGGCGUAG